CCAUGUAAGGGUCUGCGCUCCCACCACUGGUUAUUAUAAGCGGGAGAAGAUAACACUGGCCCCGCAUAAAACCCACCCCGGCAUCAGGCCUAGGCCGGGAGUCCACGCGGGAUCACGCAGUCAUGGCAAGCAAGAAAGCGUCCAAUAAGAGACAGAGAGGAGCACAGAAGGCUUGCUCCAAUGUCUUCUCCAUGUUUGAGCAGUCCCAGAUACAAGAGUUCAAGGAGGCUUUUGGCUGCAUCGACCAAGACAGAGAUGGUGUUAUUAAGAAGCAAGACCUGAAGGAGACCUAUGCACAACUGGGAAAGCUCAACGUGAAGGAAGAGGAGCUGGAUGAAAUGUUGAACGAGGGCAAAGGACCAAUCAACUUCACCGUCUUCUUGUCCCUGUUUGGCGAGAAACUCAACGGCACUGAUCCAGAGGACACCAUACUCGCUGCCUUUAAGCUGUUCGAUCCCAACGCGACAGGUUUUGUCAACAAGGAAGAAUUUCGUCGACUAUUGUUGAACCAGGCGGAUAAAUUCACACAAGAGGAGGUAGAUCAGGCCUUUGCGCUGGCUCCCAUCGACCCGACAGGAAACAUCGACUACAAGUCCCUCUGCUACAUCAUCACACACGGAGAUGAGAAGGAAGAGUCCUGAACGAGGCCCGUAACAGUCCUUGAAAUCGCUGGAAUAAAUACUGUAACUGUACUGUCCACAACAGGGUCAAUCUUUUCCAUAACUCUGUAAUUUUUUUCUUCCAAGUUUCAAAUAACUUUCUUGUCAUACCACCCACACAUUUAUGCAUGAGCUCAAAAGUCCCAAACAGCGAAUCUCAACUACCCCACUCAAUGUUGAACCACAUUAAAAAUGGAUGGAAAAUUCCACAAUA